UUUGAAAGUAAGUACGUAUAACGUGAGAAGCAGUGUUUUAUUACAAUUUUUUAAAAAAUUGAUAAAAAAAACUUCACAAUUGUGGUGGCAUAUAAUUCGUAAAAAUAUGAAGAAAUUUAACAACUUACCAUCGCCAGAAACUCGAGGUGAUUUUGCAGAUCUCAACUCUACCAGAAGCAGUUUCGAUAUUUCUACAUCUUCGUCGGAAGAAAAUCACCUUUAUCCGUCCCGAAAUACCUACAGAAGUAAAUCUAUGUCGAACAUUUUACCCGACAAUUAUUCGCCAGGAGAAAUACAUAGAAUUAGAGAAAGGUUAUUAAGAACCAAUUCUCGACUGGAAAGAUCUACGUUCAAAAGUUUUACUCGAAAACAAAAGUUGACAUUGACUUCUUUAGCUCUGGUGGAUUUCAUUAGUUUUUGUUCAAUGUCAAUUAUGGCACCGUUUUUCCCAAGAGAGGCGGCAGAAAAAGGUUUGUCAGAUACUCUGUCAGGAUUUAUUUUUAGUUUUUAUGCUUUGGUCAUGUUUUUGACUUCACCAAUUUUUGGAAAAAUUCUUCCAAAAUUUGGGGCAAAAGUACUUUUUUUGUCUGGUAUGUUUAUGGCAGGAGUUUGUAAUCUUUUAUUUGCAACUCUUGAAUAUGUCAGUAAUUAUACAUUAUUUACGACACUCUGUAUUGUAAUACGAGGAUUUGAAGCUCUCGGUGCCAGUGCAUUUUCAACGGCUAGUUAUGUAUUUGUUGUUAACACUUUUCCCCAAAAUAUCGGUUCCGUUUUAGGAAUUUUAGAAACCUUCGUGGGGCUAGGGAUGAGCACAGGACCGGCAUUAGGAGGUGUACUCUAUUCGUUAGGCGGCUUUAGUAUGCCAUUUUUCGUUUUAGGAGUAACAAUGAUUGUUUUCCUACCUUUAAAUAUUUGGAUGUUACCUACAGUGGAAGACUGUACUGUAACAAAUCGACCACCAUCAAUAUGCAAACUGAUAAAAGUACCGACAGUUGUAAUAACUGGAUUAAUAGUGGUAAUUGUGUCAAGCUCUUGGGCGUUUCUUGAUCCCACAUUGGAACCGCACUUACGACAGUUUAAUCUUACACCAGAAAAGAUCGGGUUAAUAUUUUUACUAUUUUCUGGUCUUUAUGGAGUGUCUAGUCCAGCCUGGGGGUGGUUAGCAGACAAAAUUAAUAACCAUUGGUCUAUGAUGGUUAUUGGGCUUUUUAUGUGUACCGUUGGACUUUUAUUACUUGGACCUUGUCCCUACAUUCCAUUUCUUACCAGUUCAUUGUGGCUAAAUCUAGUGGCACUAUCGAUUUUGGGAAUCUCAGUAGCUUUAGCAUUAUUGCCAACAUUCCAGGGAUUAUUAACUAGUGCUAUAAAUAGUGGCUGUGGUGACACACUCUCUACCUACAGCAUAGUAGCAGGAGUGUGGUCUUGUGUAUAUUCUUUAGGAGAAGUAAUUGGCCCAUCGUUAGGAGGAUUUCUUCUCCAACACUAUGGAUUCCCUAUUACAUCAACAAUUAUGGCUUGUAUGACUUUAACUUUGGCUGUGGUAACAUUUUUCUUUUUUGUAUUUAAAAAUAAUUAUUGUAAAAAUCAAGACUGUGCAUCUGAUAGCGGAAUUAGCGGAUCUUGGAGAGGGUCACCUAGUGAAGAAGACUCUACUGAAAGUACUCCUUUACUUUUAUCGACUGUCGAUGCUGGUUAUAGGAUGUACACAGAAGAGAAAGUACAGUAUUACGAAAAAAGCAGGAAACUGGACAAUGAGAUGGGAGAAGUCGAUAUUAAUCAAGUAACCGAUAUUAGAGGAACGGUGGCAAUAACUGGAAAAGGUUCUUGUGAAGUAUAAUCAUGAGCUUUAGUUAAUAUAUUAAGUAUUUUAAAACUAAAUGUAUUUUUGUAACUCAAAAACUAUUAGUAUAAAUUAAAUAUUUCUAAAAUAAA